CACUCCUUGCUGCUGAGCCAGAGGGAGGUGCGAGAGAACGAGUUCAACUAGAGGAAGGUGGAAAGGAAACGUGAAACGCCUUGUCAACAAUCUCUUCAGUUUGCGUGAUUAGAUUGGAGAGAACGUACACUAUUUAACAACGAUAGGUAUUCCCCCUCAACUACUUUUCUUUAAGGAUUUACUUUCAUACGCCUGCCUUGUCCCUUCCACUUUCUCAGAGGCUGAAACCACUGAACAAGAUCCGAAAGGAACGUCACGCUGGUGGAAAGAAAAACAGUCUUCACAGAUUUCUGUGGCGAAAAGUGGAUUGUUCAGUUGUUUUUAGGAUAUGUAUGACUACCGAGGGAAGUUAAAAUACAUUUUAAAAAGUAUUGGAGCAUUGUACCAGACAGACGCUGUGAUUUUUGACAACUGCCCAACCUGCCGUGUGAGUUUUGCUUUGGAUGGAAUGUCGUGACCAGAACAUCGGAAUCUGAAGCAACUCCAAAAGAAUUGUGUUUGAAUCCAGUCGUUCUUAUUAACUCUCAAUAGCCUAUAGACUUGUCGAUCGGAUCCUGCGGUUUGGUUUGAAUAUCGGAUCAAUAUAAGUUAUAUUGCGUAUUCACUGUGGAGGAGAGGAUGAGCGGGGGAGCGGACGUGGUGUGCGCCGGCUGGCUGAGGAAGUCACCGCCGGAGAAGAAGUUACGGCGCUAUGCGUGGAAGAGACGUUGGUUUGUUCUGAGGAGUGGUCGACUGACCGGAGACCCUGACGUUCUAGAAUACUACAAACAUGACCACGCACGCAAACCCAUACGCAUCAUCAACAUGAGCCUCUGUGAACAGGUGGAUGCAGGCCUAACCUUUAAUAAAAAGGAUUUGGACAGUAGCUAUGUGUUUGACGUGCGGACUGUGGAGAGGGUAUUCUACCUGGUGGCCGACAGUGAGGAGGACAUGAACACAUGGGUCAGGUGUAUCUGUGACCUGUGUGGAUUCAACCCUACUGACCAUGAUAGACCCACCGUCACCGCCCAAACCCCUACAGUCACAGUCACCACAGGCCACGCCCCUGUCUCCACGGCGACCACCGUCAUGGCCCCGCCUCACCUGGAAUCAGUUAGCAGUCAGGAGGACGGAACAGAGUACCUGUGGCUGUCACACUGCCAGAGCAAGACACCACACAGGCCUCCAGGUAGUUCCUACCACUCCACCUCCUCUGACACAACAGACUACAAUGAAAACACUCUCCCAUCCCACUGGCCUCCUCCCUCUUCUUCCUCCUCUUCUUCCUCACCCUCCUCCCUCGCUAAAGGCCUCCCCCAUCACCCCCACACCGGCCCCUGGGCCGUCACCACGGAGACCAACACUUUUAGCCAAUCGCAGGACAGCGUGUUAACCCCUGAACUCCAUAGGGGCUGGACUAGGGGUCACCCGUCCCCCCACCCGAGAAAACACUCCCUCCAGCUGCAGGCUGUGUCUCUCCCUCCCAUCUGUCAUGACAUGGUCUUCAACACAGGGAUAAUAAGCACUAUAAACACUAAAUCACACAGUUUGAAUUCUAAUAGCAACACAACUUACCAGGUACCCUCCUCUACUCCUACCGCAAGCUCACCCACACCAGGUCAGGGUGACUCCUCCACCCCUCCACCACGCCCCCCCAAACCCCUGGUCUCUGCCCCAGCCGAGGUGUCUUCUCUGGCCACUCUGUCGGCCUCACUCCACCAGUCUGCUUCGGAACCAGAGAGGAGCUAUGGAGGAGAAAGAGGUAGAGGAGGAGAAGGACAGGGAGGAAAAGGUAGAGGAGGAGAAGGACAGGGAGGAAGAGGAGAAAGAGGCAACAAUCCCAGAGCACCUCGUUGUAACACUAUAGCUACCUCAGGCACAGGUUCCCAGCAGAGCUAUGCUGUACCAAAGUCCUUCUCUGACCAGACCAGAGCCAGCAUGUCUGACCAGACCAGAGCCAGCAUGUCUGACCAGACCAGAGCCAGCAUGUUUGAGUUUAGCGACAGCUUCAACAGCUACUUUAUGAAUAAAGGCAUGGUACCAUUAGGUGGAAAGGGAGAUAUCGAUGACAACUAUGUUCCCAUGAACGCUACCGACACCUCCCUCGUCUCCCUACCCCCUCCCUCCUUCCCCGACCCCACCUCCUCGUCUCCCUACCUCCUCCCUCCUUCCCCGACCCCACCUCCCUCGACCGUCUCCCUACCUGACCCCCCCUCCUUCCCCGACCCCACCUCCCUCGUCUCCCUACCCCCCCACUCCUUCCCCGGGGGAGGAGUGGGAGACCCCACCUCCCAGGACCCUAACUAUGUCACUAUGACCCCAUGCCCUGGAGAAUUGCCUUCUCUGGGGAGACAGGUACCCCCGCCUGCACACCUGGGGUUCCGCUCCUCCCCCCACAACCCCCACACACGCCCCUCUCGCAGACACACCACCGGGGGAGGAGUGGGAGACACCCAACCACCACCCAUUCACCGCAACCUCAAACCCCGGAAAGGUUUCAGCCCCAUGUCCCUCCACCCAAAACCACUGGUCUUGGAGAGAACUGACUCACAGACUGUUGGAGAGUUCACACGGGCAAGGAGACGUCGGGUUAAACCCACCCCUCUGGACAUAACACCUCUGCAGGAGUGGGAGGAGCUACCGGCACCUGUACGAUCACCUGUCACCAGAACCUUCACCCGAGAUCCGUCCAGCUGCUACACGUGUUCGUCCGAUAGACCCUCCACCUGCCAAAGCUCUGCCUCCAGCUCAGACUCGGACGACCCAGACGACAAUUACGUUGCCAUGACAACCUCCAACAUAGCCCUAGCCGCCGUCGUGUCGACCCUGCGUGGGGACAACCCCAUGGUCUUACGGAGGCCUAGAGGGGACAAACAGGUUGAGUACCUGGACCUGGACUUACACACUGGUAGAGUGGCCACACCCCCACGACAGAAAAAGAGUGUGUUGGGUGGCUCGAUGGGUUCGGGCGAAGGUGAGCGUGCACGUCACCGUGAAGGUGAGCGUGCACGUGACCGUGAAGGUGAGCGUGCACGUGACCGUGAAGGUGAGCGUGCACGCGACCGUGAAGGUGAGCGUGCACGUGAGCGUGUGGACUAUGUGGUCGUUGAUCCUGAGAGAACCAGAGCUCUGAAAAGUACCAGGGAGGCGUGGCACGACGGGAGACAGUCUACUGAGAAGGACAAAUAACACACGCACACACACUGAACAGACACACACUGAACAGAUACACACACACUAAACAGACACACACACUGAACAGAUGCACACAGACACACACACUAAACAGACACACACACUGAACAG